CUGGCAGCCUGUGCUCUGUGAGCGAGCGCUGAGAGGGCUGAGCGACAGGGGGAGACUCUCAUCUAUAAAAGGGGAAUAAGGCUCCAGAACUGCCAUAGGGGGAUUUGGUAGCCCUCGUCGCUUCCUCUGUGGCACUUCUCUGAGCUAGAGUCAGGGUACCUUCUGAAUCUUGGAUCGGCCACCCUACCACCUGAUCAGCCAGAAGCCUGCCAGGGACAAAGCAGUAAGCAGGUCAUUCAUCCCCAGGCUUUGAGAUCUGCGUGGGGGAGCUCUUGAAGCAGCCCCAGCAGGCAAACAAGUGAGUCAGAAUGGCGUGGUCCAGGCUGAUGCUGGCAGCUUGCCUCCUCGUGAUGCCCUCUAAUGUUAUGGCGGACUGCCUGUCCCUGUGCUCCCUGUGUGCAGUGAGGAUUCAGGAUGGGCCCCGUCCCAUCAACCCCCUGAUUUGCUCCCUGGAGUGCCAGGACCUGGUGCCGCCCUCAGAGGAGUGGGAGACAUGCCGGGGCUUCUCAUCUUUUCUCACCCUGACGGUCUCUGGGCUCCGUGGCAAGGAUGACUUGGAAGAUGAGGUUGCUUUGGAAGAAGGCUACAGUGCACUAGCCAAGCUCUUGGAACCCGUCCUGAAGGAGCUGGAGAAAAGCCGACUCCUUACCAGCGUCCCAGAGGAAAAGUUCAGGGGUCUCUCCAGCAGCUUUGGCAACGGAAAAGAAUCUGAGCUGGCGGGUGCUGACCGGAUGAAUGAUGAAGCCGCACAGGCGGGCACGCUCCAUUUUAAUGAGGAGGACUUGAGAAAACAGGCCAAACGCUAUGGCGGCUUUUUGCGCAAAUACCCCAAGAGGAGUUCCGAGAUGGCCCGGGAUGAGGACGGGGGCCAGGAUGGGGAUCAGGUAGGGCAUGAGGACCUGUACAAACGCUAUGGGGGCUUCCUGCGGCGCAUUCGCCCCAAGCUGAAGUGGGACAACCAGAAGCGCUAUGGUGGUUUCCUGCGGCGUCAGUUCAAGGUGGUGACGCGGUCCCAGGAGAACCCCAAUACCUAUUCUGAAGAUUUAGAUGUUUGAUGCAUAACACUUCCCCUCCAUGGAGUUGGGUCUGCCCCCUUCCUUGUACUAGAACCCCCUGCUUCAUCCUCUUGUGCUUGUUCCGCUGCUUGCUCCAUUCAGCACUCCCAUGAGAACGUCUAAGAGCAUCCCACCCCUGUUCUGCUUGUUUUCAGGCAGGGGCAGGGAAGAGUGGAGAUCCCCUGCCAAUAGGCCCAGGGUCCGGCUCAAACCCCAAGACCUCUAAACUACCACUACUAGUGGCUUUUUGACUUCAGCGUAACCGCUCUGUCCCUGUGAUCCCUGCCCAUCCCAGAAUCCAGAGAAACUUGUUCUUUAUUCCUAUACGUCUGUGGUUUCCAAACUUCACUGAACGUGUGCUCCUCUCGGAAGAAAAAUGAGCACUUCCUGGUAGUAUUGCAUGGGAACUGUGAGAUAUGCAGUGUAGAAACAUAAAACCAGAUACAUGCAAAUGAGGAUCCUAACUAUAUUCUCAGCCACAGAGGCUCUUCUUAUGCACCCUACCCUGGAGGCCACAGGAUAAAUGAAAAGCCUUUUCAAGGACAGGGAUUAUAACCCUAGAGAGGCUGGGCCUCUAGCAUGCUAAUUGUCUGUACACCCAGAGUCCUCAUAGUUUCAAACGUUUCCUGGAAAAACCCAGCUCCUAGACCCCGGUUAGGGCAGUACCUUUCCCAAGGGUGAAAUCCCCUUGCUUAUGAUGAGACGCCAUCCUUCUGAAGGCUGAAGUGAUAAGGGGGGAGCAAAGCAAACUAAUUUGUUCUGUACAACAAAUUCAGAAUUUGGGCCAGUUCCCACAGCCCUCAUUAAAACCGAUCAGUAUCACACUUCUAGCCCAUGAGGAACUGCAUCGGAGUGGAGCUGAUGCGGCUGGGCACAGCUGUGCUCUUCAGUAGUCGAGUUGGCUGCGGGAGCCGGAGCCAUUUGGCUGAGCCAUUUGGCCCAGCGUAUGCACUGGCACUGGGAAGGGGAUCCAGAAGCGGUAGCUGAAGGAGAGACUGUCCCGCCUCAAAACUACAGCAAGUCUCAUUCUCUCUGUCUCCAAAUAAAAGCAGAGGAAGAAGAAGACAACUGAGUGUUCAGGAUCAAGUGGAUUCGCUGGAUUCAAGUAACCCAGAGUCAGAGACAAGGUCCUCUUUGGUUUCACCUCCCCAUCUCCAGGCAGAUAUUUAGAUGAUGAGUUAACGGGAUGGGGCUGGACAGGAGAGGAAGCAGACUGGAUUUGUAUAUUUGCAUAAGAUAUCUUGAGUGUCCCUCUCCACACACAGGUCACAGCCUGUAGAGCCCUUCAUGUGUUCUGAAAUGUGUAGAUUGUUUUACGGUGACUUGUGUGCUGCUUAAAAAUCACAUUUAUCCAACCUACUUGGGACAUGUGAUCCUUAAUAGGUCUGUGUAGUUUCCUGCUUCUCUGGUAUAAUAAAUAAAGUUAUGCGGAUGGCUUGCUGUGUUUGCAUG